UCCCCUUCUCCCUACGCAGCGUAUUUCAACCUCAGAAGUAUCACUGUCACAAUCAGUUUCUCCAACAUUCCCGCAUCUAAAUAUUGAAAAACAACCUCCAUGUUCCUCGCAAGGUUGUAUGUCUCACCUACAGUUGUGUCCGUGUUUUUCUGGCGAUAACUUCUCCGAUACAGUUACUCCCAGAUCCUUUUCCAUUGACGUGUGCUUGAGGCUUUCAUUUCCCAUUGUAUGUAUAUGUAUAGAGGAGGGUAUCAGGGCACCUCUCCUCCCGAAAUUGACCUCUGAUUUCGAACAUUUUAACCUCUGUUCUGGAGCAGUAAGUAGCGAGCCUUUUUUUUUUUUUUUUUUCAUUACGCCCUUGCACUGUCUCCAUAGCUGUAAAAAAAAAAAUACCUGAAGUUCUCUGUGUACUCUUUAUAAAUUUCAUCGCACUGCGCUUUCUGGUUUCCAUUUGCCAUUUACGAGCCCACUCCCCUAUCCCGUCCAGCUCCCGUCGCAGGGCUUGACAGUCUUCUUCACCUCCAGCCCUCUUGAAUACAUUGUCAUCAGCAGCAGACAAACUCAGUCACGUCGUUAAUGUAAAUUGUAAACAUGACCGGAGCCAGCCUGCACCGAGCCUUGUGUGUGUGUGCGUGUGUGUGUGUGUGUGUGUGUGUGUGUGUGCCACCACCACCAUCACCACCACCACCACCACCUCUACCACUACCGUUGCACCAUUCCCUUCACAAUUACCACAACCUCGACCACAAAAAACAACAACAACAACAACAACAACAAUCAUCUUCCUCCUCCUUCUACUCCUCCUGUUUUUCCUUUUCCUUCUACUACUACUACUACUACUACUACCACCACCACCACAAUCACCACCACCUACCCGCCACGCCCUUCCUUCCUCCCUCAGGCAUGGCAGGACGUGUGGUGGCGGUGGCAGCGGCGGCGGUGGCGGCGGCGGGGGCGGUGGCGGCGGGGGUAAAGAGAGGGAGGUGUGUUGAAUCAGUCUACCGCCCCGAGGCUCCACUGGCUACAGGCAGCACGGUGUGGCUGUACGUGUUCCGGCUGCAAGCGUGCAUGUACCACUCAGGCAUCGGAACGCGCGGGGCAUACUGGGCCUACGCCGCCAGUGGCCAGUACACCAACAGGGACUACAGGCAAGACCGCUGCAACGGCCCGCUCGCCUACUGGUACAAGCUGGGCCAGACCAACAAGACCAAGGCGGAGGUGCACACUAUAGUCAGCGACCUGGUGCGGCGCUGUUACCCCGGCUACAGUGGCUGCUGGAAGUUCAUGAUGAGCCACUACAGCAUGGGCUACUGGAACUGCAACUACUUCACGCACCACCUGGCCGACGCGCUGGGGGUGCUCGACCGCUACCCGUCCUGGCUCUGGCGCUCCCCCUGGCCGGGCUUCAGCUGCUGGGGGUGAGGGACAAGAUUGGAGUAAUGGCUGGGGAAGGACGGUGGUGGGAAGGAAGGAACUUUGAUUAUUUUCGCUCUGGUAAAUCCUGACACAUUGGUUGGUGUUCUUAGACGCAACUCGCUCACAUCAACCACUUCCAAAGACCAAAAAGGAGGUCAGUCGGGUUCUCAUGAGUGUUUUUUUAGGUUCAUGGCACAGACGAAGGGUCACACUACCACCAGGGUCACAAGACUAGCCCUGAGAGUGCCCCCAAACCCUACGAAAGCCUUGUCAAAUAUAUGUUCUUGGGCGCCGAAGUGUUUGAGGACGUGGCCCAUUGUGGGACGGUGUGGAGGGAAUGGCUUCAAGUCUUGUGAGGCAAUUGUGUGUACAAGGUUCAUUAAAAUAGCGAAGUUAA